UCAAUUUUUGGAUUUGAGGAAGGAAAAUUGAAGUAUGGAAUCCAUUAAGGGAAGCUCUAAUACUGAAUAUCAAACCAAAACUCUCCCUGAUAAGUUUAGAAAUUCUUUGCAUUUGGAGCAUCCCUCUGUUCAAUGGAGGUAUGGGAAGCCUCCCACUUAUGAAUCUGCUAAUCAGCUCUUUGAACAAGGCAGAACCAAGGUGUGGCCAAAAGGAUCUCUAGAAGAAACAGUGCAAAAUGCUGUUAAAACAUGGCAAAUGGAGAUGAACAACAAGGCUAGAUUACAGGAUUUUAACACCAUUAACCCUGAAAAUUUUAAACUUUUUGUCAAUGGAAGAGAGGGACUGUCAGGAGAAGAAGUAUUAAGGAUGGGAAGCUUCAAUGCAAUUUUGAAGAGUGGUCUACCAGAGGAGUAUCAAUUUUACAAAGCAGAUGAAGAAACACAUGAAUCAGCUCAUAAUGACUUCAAGACUUGUUUUCCAAGAGGAUUUGCAUGGGAAGUUAUUGAAGUUUAUUCACCUCCUCCUUUGAUUGCUUACAAGUUUAGGCAUUGGGGUUUCUUUGAAGGUCCUUACAAAGCCUAUUCUCCAACUGGUGAACUAGUUCAAUUCUAUGGCAUGGGAACUCUCAAGGUAGAUUCAUCAAUGAAAGUUGAAGAAGUUCAUAUCUACUAUGAUCCAACAGAACUAUUUGGAGGUCUUUUAAAGGGCAAAAAACAUACUGAGUCUUCAGAUGCCUCUGCAUGCCCAGUCUUCAGUUCUGAGAAGUAGUUUCAAUAUUGAUAAACAAAAAUAAUUAAUGUAUGUGAUGAAGUUGUAAGCUUCAAUAAAUUCUAUGUAUUAUUAUUCAAUAAUCUCUCUCUUCAUAUACAUGAAGGAGGGGCUAAAAUAUUUUUAUUUUAUUUAAAAAUAUAUGUGUGCAUGGCUUCUGGCCCUUUUAUAGAAUAUAUAUAUGUAUUAUGUUUGAUAUGAAGUGUCAAAAUGACUUGGUUGUUUA